AUGGAGGCAUAUGCUCCAGGGGAGGCUUUGAAUCAAUACUGCUGGCCGGAUUGCGCCAUCAAUCAACGCUACCUGCAAGAUAUUGCCGAGUUGAUUGCCUACAUUGGCGCGAAGUUCAAGCAUGUGCAAGUGCUGCUGAGCGCAUGGAACAGCAAAACGGCCUGGGGCACCACCGCGCUCAACUGGCCCACUGCUGCUACAAACGCACUCUGGAAGCAGGUUGUGACGGCUGUGGGCCAGCACCCGCAUGUCUGGUUUGGCGUCGCCAACGAGCCAGAAUCCAACUACGAUGGCGCCCAGGAUGCACAGGUCUGGCACGCCAUGAACUUCGCAGUGGCGGCCAUCCGGGAGCAGGAGGCGGCGCUGGGCAUGCCUGCACACAUCGUGGCAGUGCAGGGCACGCGUGGCUGGGCUCGCUCAUUGGCCUACUACAUGACGCACCCCAUCACCGCUGGCCAAGGCUUGAAUGUGGUGUACGAAACGCACCCAUACAAUAUUGCGGCCGACUUCCAGAGCCUGUUUAUAAACCCCGCCGCCUCCUUGCCAGUCAUCAUUGGCGAGUUUGGGCCAGCCACAAUCAGCGACAUGACCAUGGCGCAUGCGGAGACGUUAAUGCAGCAGUGCAACGCCCUGGGGCUGCCGUGGCUGGCGUGGACGCUGCACAUGCGGUGCCCGCCCAGCUUGUUACAAGACCUGAGCAACAAUGGGUGCGGCAUUUCAAUGCCGCUCCAACUGAGUGAUUGGGGCAAGCUGGUGAAGCAGUACCUAUAG